GCUAUCUAAGGAUACAUUAAGUAUGUGCGAGGGAGCAUUUAUAUGCCUACCAUACCAUCGACACUUAAACUAUGUCACAGAAAUCAUCAAACUUUGCUCAGAUGUGUGUUCCAAAUCCCAGCAUUAUGAGGUUGCACAAGACUCGUAUAGGAAGUUAGUGUUGAAAUGUUUGUCUCAUCCCAUAGAUAAGAUCAGACUUCAUGCCUAUAUAAAUGUCCUAAAUACAGUAAAGACUCACUUGAGUGUAGCUAAAGCAUCCGACCCUACCUCUACGUCAUGUCUGAAGGUAAAAUUUAUCAUCAAUGCUGAUGUACUGUAUGAGGUUAUAGUGUUUGGUUUGGCUGACAAAGAUGCAAAGAUAGCAAGUUGUGCUACAGAUAUAAUGUGUCACCUUUUGAAGAGUCAAUUAUUGAUGUCUACAGAAUUAUGGCAGGCUUUCCUACAAGCUGUAAUGCGAGGAUUACCUAUAUUACAAUCCUAUGCUGGACCUACAACAGUUAUUGGGACAACAGUGUUGUCUAUGUUGGAACCAAAGUCAUCAGAAUCCCCAAAUGAACUUUCACACAUAGAGAAAUUCAGGGGUACAUUAAGAUGUAUGCUGUCUUCAGACUUAAAAGUCAGAGCUGAGGCAUUAAAGAGACUUUCCUGGUAUCUAUCAAAUGAGACUAACAGUGGUAAAAAAUUGCCUGUGUUCUCUGACCUUGAUGUCUCAAAUCUAUCCAACAUUUUUAUUGUUGAUACACAAAGAUCUGUAGAAGAAGACCUCGGGAGAUCUGUCUUUCAGGUUGAUGGCUUACGGAAAGUUUAUGAAAUAUUUACAUCACUCUCUGUCGAUCCUGGUGUGAAGAAAUCGGCUGUAGAUCAGCUUGCUAUUAUACUGCAAGACCCUACUCUUCACCCAGCAUUUAAAAAAGAUGGCGGAUUUGAGAAGAUAUUGGCACAUCUUCAGCUUGGUGUACUGAGAGAUGGUGACUCUAAUACUAACAACAAUAUACAGUAUUUACCUGGAUGUAUGACAGUAUUGAGACAUCUGAUACACCAUGACUACUCACUGAGACAUAAAAUGGCUCAUAAUGCCAGCUUGUAUUAUACACUCCUUAGAGUGGCACUUCUCCAUCAUAGAGAUGAGAGAACAUGUUACGAAGUUUCUCAUGUUCUCACUCUACUCUUGUUUGAUGAGCAAGCUAGGUUCUCGGGGGGAAGCAAAACUACUACAUUUUCUGUUCCAAACAUUGUCAAACUUAGGUACAAACUACCGUUCCGUGCUCACACACAUUUUGAGAAGAGUCCAAAUCGAUGUGCGUCCCCACCGGACCCAGAUCCUCUAAUGACCGGACAGCCUCUAGAGAUGAUGAGGAUAACAUGGAAUGCAGCAUGGCAUUCUGGGAUGGAUUCCUUGGUUAAAACAUUAGCAGAGAAUAAAUCACUGGAUGCUAAUCAAGAAUUUUCUCCCAAGUUAAAGCUGACCCCAACAGAUCGUGUUGUAUCUGUGACAAGUCAUGUGAAACAGGGACUUCAGUCAGCAAUCUAUGACAUAUCUAACUCUACAUCUCACCAUGCCGUGUCAAGGUCACUGACCAGAUUACUCAGUUAUCUGGUGGUAAGAUGUGAUAAAGCUGUAACAACAAUCUUCCAUACACUAGACUGGUGUGGGGCCAUUGCUAGGUUUGUUAAAGUGACACCUUCAUCAUCAGCAGACGAGUCCCUCCUGUUAGACAUACUGAGAUUCAUCAGCAUAGUUCUGAAACUGACCAAUCAUGCGCCAGAUAACAUUUUACAGUGGGUCGGAGAGGUGCUCUAUCAUCCAAAAGGUCCCCUGAUUGGUCUGCUACAUAGACAGUCAGCAAGAGAGGCUGCUGAGGAAGUGUCUGAGCCUUUAGUUAAUAUCAAAAGAAGCCUGGACAAGUCUCUCCUUGCAUUUAUAUCAGCUUACAACAGUUCCCUGCCAUAUCAGCUUACUGUCAGGUUGAAGUUUCACCAGUUACGGGGAGAUUUAGCUUACAAGUUAAUACAGAGACUUAAUGUGACAGAUGCUCCACAUUUCUAUAACCUAGCGUCACUAGAGGGAACAUUACAGUGUCUCAUGCACAUCACAGCAAGGCCAGGUUGGAGUCAGGAAUGUACAGAACAAGAAAGAGGUCCUCUAUGUUGUCAAGUUCUCAACUGUCUACUUGAAGUUGUCUCGGCAUUUCACAUUGGGCGUGGUGGAACUUCUAUGUCAUUUAUGGGGAAAGGUGUAACCAAGGCAGCCACUCUAUGUCUGCGUCACCUGGCGUAUGAAAUGGCUACAUUGUCAGAUAAUCAGAUGUGGCCUAAGAAAUGGUUGUAUUCCCGACAUGCUGAUGAUGCGAGUGGAGACCUGGGUCUUGACUGGAUGCUUACAUUGUGGGCAUACAGAGAUGCUGAGGUAAGGAGUGCUGGCCUUGGUAUUGCUGUGACCUUGAGUAUAACAGAGGAAGGUCGUCUGCUGCUGACUACAAAUUGUAAACAUAUCCCAGGAGGCAUUUGGGCGGCAGCUUUCAGUAUACUGCUGGACCAAUCAGAAUGCAGUAUGGUUCGUCAACAGGCUGCUUUAUUAUUGGUCAACCUGACAUCACACAGUUUACCCAGCGGAAGCUCCGAGUCUGACCACAAAACCUGGCUAGGCCCAGUUGUCAUGGAUACAGAAUCUCAGGUUUCCCUGACCGGACUCACUGCCCUCCUGGCCCUGUUACACCAUUGUCAGUUCUACAGAGAGAUGACAGUACUGUUAUCAAGUUAUUACCCACAACCCACUAUCCAGCCAUCUGUGACCUCUGACCUUUACCAAUUAUCAGCUUCUGCUUCAGACAACACACUGUCAGUUCUAGCUGAUGCCGGGUUGGUACCUAAACCUACAAGUUCCCACCACAAUACCAUGUCUCUGUUACAGUCAUCUGGUGUAUCGUCAGUAAGAAUGUCAGAGCGACCUGGUGUUAUUGGUGCUAAUGGACAUACAGCUACCCAGCAAACCCCAAAUAGUAGUAGCAGAACAACCCCAAUUACCACCAGAGAUCAAGGUCAAGGAGCAGAUGAUGAGGGAAGGGAGGUAAUCACGUAUGAGAAUGUUACAACACCAUGUUUGGUAUCGUCAAUAUCUCAGCUAGUACGUAAUAUGAUGAUACAAGCUCCACAAGAUACUGUCACUUCGUUAAAAAAUGAAUCACUUAUACCAUUCUUUGUUAGUCUGAUUGAUGCCAGUUUCUUAGAGGGAAUUCAGGUGCUUACAUCAUCUCAGCAGCUAGAACUGUUUUUCUCAGAGUUGGUAGAAAUGCAUGUUAAUAUCUUACAUCUGUUACGUACAUGUCUCGUGCAUGACUCACAAACCAGGAUAGAUAUACUUCAAGACAAAGUAGCUCUCGGAGGCAUUGUGUCCUUACUUAGGAUUUUCUCAGAUGUAACUGAGGACACUCAUGCAAGUUGCUUGGCAUUAUGGGAAGCUGUGUUAUCAUAUCUGACCACAUUGAUACAGGUACAGUGUGCCCCGGCUGUGGAGGUAUUAGCCCAGGUGUUACAGAAACAGUGGAUUCCCAUUGCAGAUAAUCUGCAAAGAAUUUUAGAAGGAGAUUUUGCUAAUAGGGAGUUGUAUGUGUACUGUGUGAACUUCCUGUCCGUGUUGUGUAGUGAGGAGGGAAAAUUACAGGGUAGAAAUACAGCAGACGACAACAUAGCAACCAUUACUAAACUUCUAAAUCUUCCUCUACAAACAGGUGAUGUAGAAGAUAAAGACGCUAGCCAGGUUACAGCGGGUACACGUUUCUGUAAGGCUCUCAUUACUUCCUAUGACCAAUACAUCCUUCGUAAGAUGGAGAGUCCUAAUCCAGGGGAGAGAAUUCAUGUAAUAACAGCAUUAAAGUGUCUCCUAGCUGUAUCAGAGUCAGCAAAGACAACAGCUUUAGAAUCUGGUCUUGUUGAAAACCUGUUGGAGCAUGUAAAACAGACAAAUUCCAAGCUGAACAUGAAUAUGUUAUUGGUACAUAAAGAAUCUAACAAAGUGAAAGAUGAUCCUGGAAUAAAUGAACUCAUCUUGACCUUUGACCUUUUACGCAACUUCAUGUAUAGAAAUGAGGAUGUCAAGAUGGCGUGUUUUCACAGUAAUUUACAUGAUGUUGUACAUAAAUUAUGGUCCUGGUGUCAGCUAGAUUAUAAUCUCAUGAUGUGUGUACUGGCCCUCCUGACUUCAUAUACUGCCUCCUGUCCAUCAGCUACCAGCUCAUUGGCACAUUCCAGUGGAACAGUGACGGGGCAGGCAGCCGGGCAGAAAUCCCUGGUUCACUGUGUUAUCAAACAUAUAGAGAAAGGCAAACAUAAAGAUGCUUUGAUGAAAUGCUUGUUUGGUUUGUUAGCUAAUUUAGCAUUGUCCUCAGAGUGUAGAACAAUUAUUUGGAAGAGUAACUUUUUACAAGAAUUUGGAAGUUUAAACCCUAAAAGAUCAAAAACAGCAAAAGCUAAAGUAAAGCAGGUGUUGCAUGAAGUGUUGUGGCUCGAGUUACUCCUCAACCUGUCAUUUUCUCUAGAAGGUCAACAGAUGAUUCUUAAAAUUCCUGAUGCUGUAGCCAUAUUGUUAGAGUUUCUGGAGUGCCCAAAUGCUAGACAACAAGAAUGUGCUGUUAUCAUCAUUAGAAAUCUGUGCUGUCAUUCCAGUAAUAAACCAAAAGUGCUUGCCAAUGACAAAUUGUUACCACGACUACUACAGUGUGUAGAAUGUGACGAGGAAAGACUGAAAACUGUAGGGGCAUCUGCAUUGUGGGCACUAGUCUACAAUAAUCAGAAGGCCAAGGUUGUGAUGAAGAAUGCCAAUGUGGUGCCAAAACUACAGGAAGCUUUAAGUUGUGGACAAGAGGAUGGAAUCUCUGACAAAUGUGUGAUGGAUAUACAUGCCAUUAUUCAAACUGUCAGCGAAUAAUUUAUAUUAACAAAAUGUACAGUCAGAUCAUGAUUUGUGUAUUGUAUGUUUGAUUAAAUUAUUGUGAUAAUCCGUCCAACUUGUAUAUAUUUUUGUAGACUGUGAUAAAAAAAAUUGAUAGAUCAAUACUAGUGAUUAGUGGAUAUGAGAAGAAUAGUAAAUAGUGACACAUAUUUGACAAUUUUUUUCAUUAGACAAGUAUUGUGUAGGAAAAGUUUUCAUGGAGUAUAUACACAUAUAAAGCAGCAAGUCAUAGCACGUGCUAACACUGUCUUCUUUUUGGAAAGCUUUGUUUCUUUAUCUGGAGAUUAGUUCAGUUGCUGCUGAUAUGAAAUAAAGCUAAAACUGGUUUGAACUGUAUAUGAUUUCCCUAUCAAACUACGUUCGUUUACGUUUAAGCUUUUUUUUGCCAGUAAAUGAAAAAAAAAUAUGUUCCUAAUUUAGUUUAUUGAAAGUAAAAAUAUAGUCUAAUUAUCUAGUAUUUAAAGUUUGAACAUGAACAGUCAUGAAAAAAUUGAAAUGUGUACAACAAGGGUUAAAAUGUAAAAAAUAUAAAAAGUCAAUUAACCUGUUUUGCAGUGUGAAUAUUUUAGAAAAUAUUCUGAAUAAAUAUCAUACAAAUAAGAGAUGUUUUACUAUAAAUUAGAGACAUGAAAGUUUGGUC